UUAAAAUGUUUUACAACCAAAUAGAAAGAUUUAGUUGCAAACUUCAUUUGGACAUCUGGUUUUGUUACCAGACAUUCUCCUUUUUCCUAUUAUCCACCACAUAAAAAUAAAAUGUCAUAGUUAUUAAAACCGUGUCUGCAGAUAAGGAAGUAAGGAGAACAUACACAGUAAUAAGUGAAAGAUAAGGCAAGGACAUAGAGUUACUGUUGCUAGCUUUGCUAACUCUGAAGGUAACUAGGCACGUGCAUAGAAAACUACAAUGAUUGUUUGGGUUAUCCUGUUGAUGAACUUCAUCGCCACUGUAAGACCUCAAUUUAUCACUCUAAAACCCGAAUUUAUAAAUUGCCCAAGAGAAAAAGGAGUCUAUUUCGCAACAAGUCCAGAUUGUCUAUUUUAUUAUCGCUGCGACAACAGGUUUUUAAGACUUCAAGCAUGUUACCCUUGGCAGAAAUUUGAUAUUCACACAUUGAAAUGUAGCAGACGAUGGGAGGUGGAUUGUAACCCAAUGUAUGCCGGGAUUUGGCGGCCAAUGUUUGGAAAUAAUCCUUCAGAAGUUGAUGAAUCUGGAAGUGGUACUGGAGCUGCAGACAAUUCACUAGAAGAGGUCAUUGGAGAAAAUCCUUUUAGUACAAAUUUGGAAAAUAUAGAAAACAUUGGUCAAGAAAUACCUGAAGAAACAGAGGCUGAGGGGCAAGAAGAGUUGGGGACGGGAGAAAGUCCGUUGAUAAAUGAGGGUUCUGAAAAGUCUGAAGAAAUUAGUGGUGUUGACCAAGAACAGCCAGAUGAUAAUAAAUCCAUAUCACAGUUUGCUGAUGGGAGCAAAGAAAAACCACUAAUAAUGGGGACUAAUAAAGAAGCAGGCAAUACUGGAUCAUCCAAUAAGGAAAUAUUCAAAGAAAACAGACUAGAUCAGAAUCCUGGUGCUGUAAAAGAAAAGUCGUCGUUGGUUAAAAAUUCAGCUGAAAAAAUUGAUAGAUUUGGUCAAGAGAAACCAGAAGAAACAGAAGAAAAACCAGUUGAACCUACAACGAUUGAAAAUCCAUCAUUCAUGGGAAAGACAGAAAGUACAGAUAUACCAACAAAUAAACAAAUUACCGUGCAGGAAAAUGGGAUGGGAGUAGAAAAUCCGAUCACAGCAGAAAGAGCAAUAAGUGAAAAGCCUGAAGAAUCUGAAGAUAACAAAGAAAAUUCACUUACGGAAGAGAAUACAGGACAAGAGAAAAAUGAAAAUUCUGAAGACAAUCAAAACCUAAAAGGAAUUAAAAAUCCAACCACGAAUGAGGAAAACAUGGAAAACACAGCUCCGGCUAAGAUGAAUAGCAUUCAAUCAGCGUUUGGAAACCAAGAAUUAAUUGAAAAUUUGAAUUCUAAAAGUGUUGAAAAUCCUGAAGACAGUACAACUGAAGCACCCUUAACUAAAUCUGAAGAAACAUCAGAUUCAGAAGUUCCAGCAACAAUAACAGAAGUCAAAAGUCCACCUGAUAAUAUUUCGUUUGAAACUGAAAACCCUGUUGUUAAACAAGAUUUGGAACCAGAAGGAUUCAAUCUAGAAAAUUCUCCACCAUUGGAAGAAGUAGUUUCAACUGGAAAAGAGCUUUCAAAUUCUGAAAAAUCAUCAAUCGAUAAUGAUCAGGAGUUAAAGAUUUCAGAACAAUCUUUGAAUCCAGCAAACAAUGCUACGGAUAAAGAUACAUCAGAAAGUAAAACUCUUCAAGACAGAAUAGAGAAAAGAUGUACAGAUAAUGUUUGUGAAGAGAAAAACAAAGAUAACAUUGACGAAGAAACUCCUAACAAACUAUUCAAUCCCGUUUUACCUCAGGAUACAAGAUCGGCGCUACCACAAGACUUAUCGGCUGGCUCGACUGGGAAAAUGUGGUAUUGGUGUGGUUCUGGAAGAUUUGUUCUUGCAGCUAACUCUGAAGAAGGCGAUGCAAUAUGUCUUCAGCUACCAGAUCCGGAGUCGAUAAAUUCAGAAGGCAGUGCCCAAACUGGAGGCGACUGGGCCGGCCAUACUUUCCUCGAUACAAAUAACGAGUUUGAUUAAAAUUUUGUUGCCUUUUACAUAGUUUCGAGAAAUAAAAGAUAUUUUACAGAUAUUGCAAGUGAUCAAGUUUAUUAGAAACUAAGGAAUUGUACAAAAUUAAAUAUUUAAGAGUGUAAUUUCUGCUUAUGUUUUUGACGAGGUAUAUAUUUUUAAUUGUUUUAUUUCCCACCAGGACAUACUAUUUUCUUUUGAGCGUACAACAUGAAAAAAAUCAGGUUCAAAUUGAGAGCAUGUAACUUACUUACUUAAUUUAUGUAGCUAAUGCACUUUAACACUUGAUCAAUUUUAAUCUAUAUGUAAACACCACUGGAACUUUGCUAAGUAAUAUGUUCAAAGUCACAACAUUUGCAAGAUCAAAAGUGUCAGAGAAUAAAAUAUUUAAUAACUUUACACCUAGAUCUACAUUGUGUUUUAUAGUUUUAUGUGUUGUGGGUACAUGAACAUAGAUUAGUAGUCAUAAAACUUAAA